AUGACGUACGUACGACAUCGGGGUAGACGAAGAUUUCGGUGUUGGUUCUGGGAGAUCGGCCUGCAAUGCGAAAUACUCGGACUGCUGCAAGAUGGAUGCCUAGGAGAAUGCAAGCUGACCGACGACGACGGGGCGUCGUUUGAGCAAGAGAAUCAUGAUACCAGCGGCGAUCUGGGGAACCCAAACUUCGACAUCGGUAACCAAAGCCGCACGUGGAGCCAGAUAACGGAGGGCUUGUCCGAGCUGGAUGCCCUUGCGGAUGACCCAAGAGAGCAGGAUCGACGCUCGGAAGAGUUGGGGCUGGUGGCACCGGACGCAUCCGGACUCCCAUUACCGCUGUACACCGCCAUGCGCAUUGUUCCCACGGAGCACAUUGUUCCCGUCGAGCGACUGCACUUCGACGCGCUGGGGCAAAGUCAACUGUGCCAGGUUUUCUUCUUCGAGAUGUUUUCCACUGCAGCUCGCCAGCUUGUCUCAGCUAUCAUGGCUCAAAAGCCAUCAUUGCUCUACCCACCCGGCACGGAGAAGCUGAAGGAUAUAGUGACGAACUACGCUUCUCUCACUGGAAGCGACAAGUGGACACUCCAAUCGAUCAUGCUUUUAGUGUUCCGGAUGGUUCUUCAGGAUGUUCCGGCUAUGAGGAGAAACAUGAAGACGCGGGAGAUCAACGACCUCAAAGCGGAGUGGGGAACAUACGAGAAUGUGUUGGAAGCGGUGCGGGAGCUUUUGAAACGGGCGUCUCUCCUAUCCUUCGCCCGCCGCGCGCCAUCGUUCACCGAACCGGAGCUGCUGCAACUUGACAAACUCGCGCGUGACGCGGCAUGUACUCUGACAUUGUCCGUUUGCUCUCUUACGCCUGAAGUAGACACAAUUCCGUGGAAUCCUUCACUGCACAUAGCCAAGGGCGCCAACCUCAACAGCGCUCUACUGGCGCUGUCCAACGGGCUGCCAUCCAAAGUCGCCAGCAAAUUCCGCCCAGACGAACGAACCUUACGGCGCGCGUACAAGAAGUACUACGGGUGCGGCAUGGAGGGUUCGUGCGGUAGCAGUCGCUGCCCGGACUGCUGGGACGGAGACACCCUUGACGAUUCCAUCGACUGCUCCCAGUACCUCCGGGUACCCAUGGUAGCGAGUUGUGGCGUUGGUCGCUUGAAGGGCGGCGACGUCAAGUCCGUCCGUAACGAACCUGGGCCGUGUGACGAGUGGGCACUCGGGAGUGGCGGGGGAGACAACGUGGAGGUGCACAAACAACCUUCCGCAGGGUUCGAGACGGGGCGUGCGGAUCCGCGGGAGCUCAACCUCGUAAAUGUUCUGUACUGUUUCCGCCACAAGGGUAAUCGGUCUUUCACGGGUGUUCGGAGCGCACCACCGCUUACGUGGUGGGUGCUUGGAUACGACUACAACGGGGUUGGUCACGCCAACGACCGCGUACCCGACUCCGUAACCGGGCAUCCGACAUUGCACCUUCGAGCCCGCGGUCGUCCUCAGGUGUACCCUGUGUCUGCCAUCUAUCGGCAGGCGCAUCUCUACCACGCAUGCUCAAUCAGCGGCGGACAUGAGACGGACAGCUCUCAAGCUUGCGGGGUAGUUCCGGGCGGGGGGUGCUCUGGUCAUCGUGGUGUUUGGCGCCACAGAUUCCGCCAAGCCACGCCGGGGACGACUGGGUACGACAGGGUGGACACCUGCACAGACCUGACAGUGCAUGACCUUGUGAGGGGUAUGGACUCAGCCAAGGACCUUGCCAGGGGUAUGAACUCAGCCAAGGUGAGCCCAAGGUGGACACCUACACAGGACGUGACAGUGGAGGACCUUGCCAGGGGUAUGAACUCAGCCAAGGUGCGGCAGGGUCUCCCACAGGGUCGAAUAGCCCACAAGGUGCUGAAAAGUGACACGGAAAUCAUGGAGCAGCAGCUGGAUGAGCUCCAGCUCUCGGACGAGCGGCGAAACGUAAUCGACGCUCUUAUCAAGGAGCAGGUCAAGAUCAAAGUAGAAGAAGCAGCAGCAGCAGAGCGCCCCGCAGCACAGAGCGAGGGCAUGCCUUCCGAAGGAGGCGACACCCGGCGGGAGAGGCCGGCUGGCUCGGAGUCAAGCCCCCGACCCGAAGACCAGCCCCGAUCGCCGGCGGACGGCAGCCUCGUCGACACCCUCGUGCGGGCCUUGCAGAGGGGGCAGUGGUACUGGUUGAAGCAGCAAGUAGGGGAGGAGCCCCGGCGCUAUCUCACAAGAGCAUCAGUACUUCGCCAGAAACUAGAAGCGUACGAUUGGGUGCAAUCCGAUCAUGAUGCUAACGUCCACUAUGCACGCAACCUCCUGCCCGAUUUCAAUGUCCAGAGGAGCGUGUUGUUGGCGCAUCCGGAGUUCAAGACAGAACUGGUAGAGAAGGUGAUUCUGACUGCCUGGGCGGAGGCGGAGGCCGCUAGGAAGAGGGCGUCGGAGAGCGUGGGGGCGUAUGCCCUCGUCACUGGCGGUGAUAACCGUGAUGGCGGGGGCGGGAACAUGGGGGAUAGGGGGAAGUCGAGAGGACAACGGAGGACGGCAGCGCGGCAACAGCAGCAACCACCGCAGCAACCACCGCAGCAGCCACCGCAGCAGCAUCAGCCGUACUAUAAGCAGCAGCAACAGCGGGGUUGGGGAGGUCCCUCGGGCGGCCAAGGUGCGAGCUACGGCGGAAGGACGGGUCCCAGCAUUGAGGCCGGGGCUUUCCUGGCGAAGGACGUCAUCAGCAGCAGCCAGCAGGAGGAAUAUUCGGGGGGCGUGGCGCCGCUUCCGGUGGGAGGGGCAGGGAAAUGA